UCUCAUUCCUCGCUCAAUACCUUCAAACCCUUGCCUUCAUUUGGGUUCCAACAUAUAUAGAUUUUUUUUCAUCCAUUUUUGGUUAAAAAAGCCGGAAAUCGGUGGUCGUUGGAUUCCGGCGAGCGCGUGGUUGUCACGUCCUUUUCAAUUUCAUGAUUUCAACACCAUCUGUUAACGAUAAAUUCCACCAGAGAAACGCCGGUCUGAAGCCACGCCGGUGCAAUUCAUGGCAUCCGCCGUCUUAGCUAGCCGGAAUGAAUCUAGCUGGGCUCAGUCUGGUGGUGCCGGUGGUGGAUUCAUGGGGAAAACCCCUUAUUCUCAUACGCAACUGAACCCUAACCCUAAGAAGAAGCAAAAGCAAUUCCAUCAAACAUCGAAUGGUCGUCACAUCGAUGAUUCGCCGGCCGUGACGCAAACAGCGUCCGAUGAUGCAUAUUCGUUCAAUCAACGGCCGAUUGAAUCAACAACCAACGUUGACGGACUCAAUCUCGGAGGAUAUAUGACCUACAACGUCGUCUCUUACAACAAAAGCGAGCUCCAUGAGCUACGGAGUCGGUUGGUGGCGGAGCUCGAACAGAUCCGAAAUCUUAAGGAUCGUAUCGAAUCCGGUCAAUUCAGCACCACCAACCCCAGAUCUCAAGGCAAAUCGAAGAAACUAUCUGGAAAUAAACGGCCCACCCCUUCCGGAUCCAGUAAAGAUCCGAAAAAGCUACCAAAUGGAGUUGAAAAUAGAAAUUCUGGUAAUCCUGGUGGUGGUGGUGGUGUUAAGGCCAUCGGAAUGGAAAGUAUGAUGAAGGAUUGUAGACAGAUUUUGGCAAAGCUGAUGAAGCAUAAAAGAGGGUGGAUUUUCAAUACCCCUGUUGAUGCUGAAGCCUUGGGUCUUCAUGAUUACCACCAGAUUAUUAAGCGACCCAUGGAUUUGGGGACGGUUAAAUCUAAUUUGGCUAAGAAUUUUUACCCUACCCCUUUUGAAUUUGCUGCUGAUAUAAGGCUUACUUUCAAUAAUGCCUUGUUGUAUAACCCUAAAACAGAUGAAGUUCAUGGCUUAGCUGAGCAGCUUCUUGGACGAUUUGAGGACAUGUUUAGGCCGCUUCAGGAUAAAUUGAAUAAGCUUGAUGGCGGCAGGAGGGAUUUUCAUCCUGUAGAAGAGUUGCAGGGGAGUUCUUGGAAUCACAUUCCUACUCCCGAGAGAGUGAAGAAACCCAAGGCUACUCCAGCCUCUCACAUUUCAAUGAAGCAAGAGCGGAUGCAAAAUCAUUCUAGUGCCUCAACACCCUCUUUGCCGGUGCCACCACCCAAUCAACCUGUCCGGAAGCAGUCCCCGUCGUCAACUCCUUCCCCAGUGAGGGCACCACCGGCAAAGCCUCAAUCAGCUGCUAAAGCUCCUCCUAUGGGAAAGCAACCUAAGCCGAGGGCGAAGGAUCCAAAUAAAAGAGAGAUGAAUAUGGAGGAAAAGCAUAAAUUAGGAGUUGGACUGCAAAGUUUGCCACAAGAAAAGAUGCCACAGUUGGUGCAGAUUAUAAGGAAGAGGAAUGAACAUUUAGCCCAAGAUGGUGACGAGAUUGAGCUCGACAUUGAGGCCCUUGACACUGAGACUCUAUGGGAGCUUGAUCGGUUUGUGACCAAUUGGAAGAAGAUGGUGAGCAAAACUAAGAGGCAGGCAUUGAUGAUGAACAAUUUGGGACCACCAUCCGCCAGUGCUGCAGCUUCUGCUGCAACUACAUCCGUUGCGGAAGCAGAUGGGCCUACUACAAGCGAGAAAAAUGACUCCUUCAAAAAGCCCAGAAAGGGCGAUGUUGGAGAUGAGGAUGUAGAGAUAGAGGAUGAUGAACCAGCUACCCAUUUUCCUCCCGUGGAAAUUGAGAAGGAUGAAGGUGGUGGUCGGGAUCAAGAUAAUGGCGGUGGUAGUAGUAGCUCUAGUAGUUCUAGCAGCUCCAGCAGUGGUUCCUCCUCUUCUAGUGAUUCUGAUUCAGGAAGUUCAUCUGGAAGUGACUCUGAUGCUGAUGAUGCACACUCUUGAGAUUUGUUGGUUCAAGCAGUGGCCUUUGAUCUCCUCCUAUGUUGGUGCUGAAUUUUCUUAUAUCGAGGUAUAGAGUUGGCGACUCGAAUUCUCUUGUUUUGCACAUUCCGGUGAACUGAGAAAUUUGGGAAAACCAGCUGUAAACACAUGGGCAAGCUCACUAGCUAGGAAGAAAAAAUUGGUAAUGCUUACAUCACUAGGCAAAUCAAAAAGCUCAGGAACAAGCAGGUAGGGAAGGGGAAGGGAAGUUGUAGUGUUGUUGAUGACACAAAAGAUGUUAUGGCGUUAGGGAUCACAAUUUUAGGAAUUUUAGACAUGGUCCCUCUGUUAAUGAGAGUGAGAUAUGUAGAUAGAUAGUUGAGGAGACACCUUUUGUACAGUUCGUUUACACUAAAUAUUUGAUUUUUCUUUAAAGAACA